CUCAGUUCUACGGAAUCAUUCUUAACUACUUCUUGUGACGUCCCAACCUACGGAGCUUUUCUUGUGCUGCUCUCCUUUUAAAUAUGGGGUUUUCACAUCUUCUAACAUCGAACCCAGAGGACCUCUUUCAUGUAUCUCGUCGAUAAUUUUCUGGGGUUUUGAGAUUUGUUCAAAAAUGAGAAUAUGGAUGUGGGUUUUUGUUGUUUUUGUUCUUGGGUAUGCUUGGAGUGCAGCUUCUAAGCAGAGUGUUCGUACAAAGAGGAUUUCUGGAAGUGCUGGUGAUCUCUUGGAAGAUGAUCCUGUGGGAAGGUUGAAGGUUUAUGUAUAUGGGCUUCCAAGCAAGUACAGCAAAAAAAUCCUUCAGAAGGACCCCAGAUGCCUCACACAUAUGUUUGCUGCAGAGAUCUCCAUGCACAGAUUCCUCUUAUCAAGCCCUGUUUGAACACUCAAUCCAAAGGAAGCUGAUUGGUUUUAUACACCUAUAUAUGCAACCUGUGACCGUACCCCCAGUGGCUUGCCCUUGCCUUUCAAAUCUCCAAGGAUGAUGAGAAGUGCAAUACAGCUUAUUUCCACAAAUUGGCCUUACUGGAAUAGAACAGAAGGGGCUGAUCAUUUCUUUGUUGUGCCGCAUGAUUUUGGAGCAUGCUUUCAUUAUCAGGAAGAGAAAGCUAUUGAGCAUGGGAUCCUUCCAUUGCUCCAACGUGCUACCUUGGUACAGACUCUUGGGCAACAGAACCAUGUGUGCUUGAAUGGGGGUUCAAUCACAAUCCCUUCCUAUGCUCCUCCUCAGAAGAUGCAGGCCCACCAGAUUCCACUAGACACUUCAUGGUCUAUCUCUGUCUACUUUCGUGGGUUGUUCUACAAUGUGAAUAAUGAUCCAGAAGGUGGUUAUUAUGCAAGGGGUGCAAGGGCAGGUGUUUGGGAGAAUUUCAAGAACAAUCCUCUCUUUGACAUCUCCACUAACCAUCCAACUACAUAUUAUGAAGACAUGCAACGAGCUGUAUUCUGUUUGUGACCCCUGGGUUGGGCACCAUGGAGUCCUAGGCUAGUUGAAGCAGUAGUAUUUGGUUGCAUCCCUGUCAUCGUAGCGGAUGAUAUAGUUUUACCCUUUGCUGAUGCCAUCCCAUGGGAGGAAAUUGGGGUUUUUGUAGCAGAAGAAGAUGUCCCUAAACUUCACACAAUUUUAACCUCUAUGCCAACAGAGGUGAUUUUAAGGAAACAAAGGCUUCUAGCAAACCUUUCAAUGAAACACACCAUGUUAUUCCCACAACCAACUCAACCAGGGGAUGCUUUCCAUCAGAUACUGAAUGAUUUAGCUCAUAAGUUGUCGCAUGACAAGAGUAUUUACUUGAAGCCUGGUGAAAGGGUAUUAAAUUGGACAGCAGGACCAGUUAGGGACUUGAAACCUUGGUAAUGGAUUUUUUAUCUAACCGUUCACUGCUUAAGCCGGUUCAUAUCAACCUCAAUUGGAUUUUUCCCAUUAAAAAGUUUUGUUCCAUUGAAUUUUGUAAUGAUGCUAAUGAUAUUUGAAUCUAGGGAUGUGAUAAAACUUUGUACUUACGUAACUAUGGCUCCAAACAGAAAUGUAUGUUUGUUCAAAGUUAUUACACAAUAUCAUGUAAAUUUGGUUUCCAGUUGCUAUCCUUGAUUUCCAGAAUGGAAGUCUCUGCAUUGAUUAAAAUGGAUGAGGAAACUUGCAUUGAUGAAUUUACCUCUUCAGCAUUAUAGUAGUCACAAAAACAGUGAUAACUGGCUUUUCCGCGAUGAGAAGGAAAGGU